AUGGAACAUUUACAUGAGGUUAAUGCAUUCACUCUUCAUCAUGUCAUGUAUAAGGAUCACGACUUUACAAAGACAUUUAGGAGUACAACAAAAUUCAUUCCCGAGUUCAAAAAGUUUGGUGCUGAUUGGUUCAAGAAGAAUGAAAAGUUGGAAGUAUUGUGUAGACCUUGUCAUGGUUUGGAACAUGCAAGGAAUGUUGAAGGUGGUUCUAAUUGGCAAUAUUGUCAUGAAAAGAUGAUCAACCUGAUGGGAGGAAAAUGUCAGGAAUGUGGUCUGUCUUUUGAAUCCAAUUCAGAAUUGGGAAAGAUCUUUCAUGUGCAUCACAAGAAUAGGGAUGGUGUGAAGAAGAGAGCCCAAGCAACAGAAGAUAUUGAUGAUGAAGAGAGGGAAAUAGCCAAUAAUGUUAAUGAGUACAAGUUAAUUCUUGCAAUGACUGAAGAACAACAAUUAGAAAAGUUGAAGGAAUUUGAAUUGCUCUGUGAUGGAUGCCAUUAUUUUGAGCACAUGGAAAAGCAUGCAAGAUCGGAAGUUAUUGAUUUAGGAAUGAAGGAGAGAAUGAUGAACUUGUUGAGUUUUCAGAGAGUAUUGUCUAUGGAAAAAUAA